AUGCCAGUGAAGGUGUACGUGCCACUACAUACCGCGCAGCAGAGCGCCGUCGAGAACGUCCUGCGGGACAGCGGCGCGUUCACACUCGUCAACACCGGCUGGAGCACGUGCGCAGUGCCCGUCGAGUGGGUGAUGCUGCCCCCGAUGGACGAGCCCGCCGAUGCGGACGACUCCGAUGAGGAGGACACCGACACGCCGACUGGGAGCAGAUUCCUCGAGAAUACGGACAGCCUGGAGGAGAUGUGGGAGCACCCGUUCGAGCCCGGCGAUUACGUAUGGGUCCGCGCUCCCCAUGGUUCGUGGCUCCCGGGCCAAGUCACAAGGCAGCCGCCACACAUACGCAGGACGCACAGUGGUGACAAGGAGUGUGUUUACUAUUCCGUCGAGUACCGCCAUCGUGCCACCUUCCGACGAUAUUUUGCCCCUAUGAACGGUGAGAUGAAACCCGACACGGCGCGUGUGCGAGAGCUACUGAAGGAAGGUGGGUGGCUCUGA